GCUAUUUGUGAUGGGCAUAUAAAAGAACCCCGCACAAUAUACAAGUUGUGAGAUUGCAAGAAGAAAAAAGGCAGUAGUCAUCAAUCAAUUUAUUGAGUAUUGACAUAGAGAUGGUUCGUCCUCUAAUUGCCGCAACUAUCCUCACCUUCACCUUGUUCGCCAUCGUCAUCCUUCCCUCCGAGGCCCAGGGACAAGGCAGAGGGAACGACUUACAAGUCGGGUUUUACGCUUCGGGUUGCCCCAAGGUUGAGGACAUUGUUGCUGAGGUUGUGGCCCGUGUUCAUGAGCAAGAUCCCAAGCUCCCUCCUGCCCUUCUCCGCCUCUUUUUCCAUGAUUGCUUUGUCAAGGGUUGUGAUGCUUCGAUCCUGUUGGACGCGACAUCAUCUGGUGAGCCUAUAGAGAAAGCAUCAACAGCUAAUGGUGAAACACUUAGAGGUCUUGAGGUUGUUGAUGAGAUCAAGGCCCAGGUAGAGCAGGAGUGCCCCAAAACUGUAUCCUGCGCCGACAUAUUAGCAUUUGCUGCUCGGGAAGCCGUUUAUCUCGCCGGCCUACCCGGUCAUAAUGUCCCAGCCGGUCGCCGUGACAGUAGGACUUCACGUGCUUCUGAUGUCGAUGUCAACCUCCCUACACCUGGAACGCCUCUGGAAGACAUUAUAAACAUGUUCGCCAGAAGAGGCUUGACGAAAGAAGAUAUGGUUGUCUUGUCCGGUGCACACUCCAUUGGCAAAGCACAAUGCACCCAAUUUACAGACAGACUAUACAAGUUUACCCCAGCUGUGCCCAGAGACCCUUCCCUGAACCCAACCUAUGCUGAUGAGCUAGCAGGAAAGUGCCCAGCAGAGCAGCCUCCGGGGCAAGCAUUACGUUUUACGGUGGAAUUUGAUCCCACAACACCACUUAUCCUCGACAAUCAGCACUAUCUGAACCUGCAGAAAGGGAGAGGCUUGCUUCAAUCGGAUCAGCUAAUGGCUACUGAUCCCGGCACUAGACCAAUUGUGGACCAAAUGGCUGCUAGCAAUGAAGCUUGGGGUAGAAGAUUUAUCAAGGCCAUGAUCAAGAUGGGAAGAAUAAAUGUUCUCACCAAAGAUGAAGGAGUGAUAAGGACAAACUGCCGGGCGUAUCUCUAA